UGCACAAUUACUCAUGGUUGGCGCGCAGCAUUUAUAGUAAUGGCCUCCGCCAUGAAAGGGUCUCGAUAUUGUUUAUGUUCUGGAUCGGGUGAAGAUGGCUCAUGAAGGAUUCGCGAAACCAUGGCUCGAGUUUGAAGAGGAGCUCGGCGAACGCAUGCGCCUCGAGCCGCCAGUUUCGCGGAUGCUAGAUACGUUCGCGAGGUAUGGAGGCUUAAUGGCCUCCAAAUACACCUUCCCAGCACCCGAUCCCUCCGUUAAGACCGAAGACACAACGACCGAGGAUGGAUUGAAACUCCGCAUAUACACACCAGAUGGCUACACUGGCGGAAAACCGGUCUGUGUAUAUUACCAUGGUGGUGGGUGGGCAAUGGGCGAUAUUAAUGGCGACGAUCCGUUCAGUAGGGCAAUCGCAAAGCUGGGUGGCAUUGUCGUUGUCUCUGUCGAGUACGGCCUUGCUCCGCAGAAUGAGCACCCUGGCCUGAUUAAUGACUGCUACAAAGGCUUGCAGUGGGCGCUGGGGAACGCGAAGAGGUUGAAUACCAUUCAGGGAAAGUUCCUUACAGCUGGGGUGUCGGCUGGAGGUGGGCUUGCGUUUAGCUCGGCUCUGAAGGCGAUUGAUGACGGCCUUGGAGAUCAGCUGGUGGGCGUAAUAGGGCUCAUACCUGCAACGAUCCACCCAGAUGGUGUCCCAGAGGGCCUACAGUCGAAGUACACGGCAAUGACGGAGCAUGACCAGCACACUAUCAAUACAAGUGAUGCAAUGAAGGCGUUCUGGGAUGCCUUCGGUGCCCCACCUACUGAUCCAUAUGCCUCGCCUCUCCUGCACUCAAACAUCAAGCAUCUGAAGAAGGUAUACCUGGCAGUUGCAGGACACGAUACUCUAAGGGAUGACGGUGUGCUCAUGAAGCAGAAACUCGACGAGGCAGCGGUUCCGAGUGCGUUUGAUUUAUACGAGGGUUACCCACACUUCUUCUUCGCUUGGCCAUCAGCGAAGCUUGACACGCCAAGGAAGCGGUUCUAUGACAACCUAUCUUCGGGUAUCAAGUUCGUAUUGUCGUAGCAGGUCGGAUUGACGUCAAAAUUUAGAGAGACGACAAGCAUCAAAGUAGGGCCGCGUCUAGCAGACGGGUUUAUUAUAGACCAAUAUGAAUAGAGACAAUGCCUUUGUCAAGGUAUUAUAUUUGACCAAG